AUGGCGGCCGCGAUGGUAGCGACCGCCAGCAAAGUCGGAAUUCAAAGUUACUAUGACACGAAGAUCCAAGAGCUGAGUUCAAUCAUCAAGGAUCGCAAGAACAACCUGCGUCGCUUGGAAGCGCAGCGCAAUGAACUGAACAGCAAGGUCCGCCAGCUGCGUGAGGAGCUGCAGCUCUUGCUGGAGCCGGCCUCCAACUGUGGUGAAGUCAUCAAAGCCAUGGGCACGAAGAAGGUGCUCGUGAAGGUCGGACAGGAGGGGAAGUAUGUGGUGGACAUAGACAAGGACAUCAAAAUCGAGGAUUGCAAAGCAAACACCCGGAUUGCCCUCACAAGCGACAGCUAUGUUUUGCACAAGAUCCUUCCAAGCAAGGUGGAUCCUUUGGUGCAGCUGAUGAAAGUGGAGAAGACGCCAGAUAGCACCUACGAAAUGAUUGGUGGAGUGGACAAGCAGAUCAAGGAGAUUAAGGAGGUCAUCGAGCUCCCGAUCAAGCAUCCAGAAAUCUUUGAGUCCUUAGGGAUUUCGCAGCCAAAGGGCGUGCUGCUGUAUGGCCCCCCUGGCACUGGCAAGACGCUGCUUGCGCGAGCUGUCGCCCAUCAUACCAACUGUUGCUUCAUCCGUGUCUCGGGCGGCGAGCUUGUGCAGAAGUACAUUGGUGAAGGUAGCCGAAUGGUGCGUGAACUCUUUGUCAUGGCACGUGAGCACGCGCCGACCAUCAUCUUCAUGGACGAGGUAGACUCCAUCGGAUCCUCCCGCGUGGAGGGUGAAUCAGGUGGUGAUUCGGAAGUGCAGCGUACAAUGCUCGAGCUUCUCAACCAGCUGGACGGCUUCGAGGCAACCACCAACAUCAAGGUCAUCAUGGCCACGAACAGAAUCGACAUCCUGGAUGAUGCUCUGCUCCGACCUGGUCGAAUUGACCGUAAGGUGGAGUUCCCGAACCCCAACGAAGAAGCACGCCAAGAGAUUUUGAAGAUUCACUCCAGAAAGAUGAAUCUCAUGCGUGGCAUUGAUCUGAAGAAGAUCGCAACUGGCAUGAACGGAGCCAGUGGGGCCGAGAGCAAGGCUGUCUGUACCGAGGCUGGAAUGUUUGCCCUGCGCGAGCGGCGGCAGCACGUGACACAAGAGGACUUUGAGAUGGCUGUCUCGAAGGUGAUGAAGAAAGAUUCGGACAAGAAUAUGAGUCUGAUGCAGUUGAUGAGGUGA